CUUUCGAAAUUGAUGUUUAUUAUGUCAAUAAAUGACGUCACGCUUAUAACUUCUUCUAUUUUCCAUAACACAAGAUAAUUAAAUCAAAUAAUUCGAAUUAACGCGCAUCAUCAACAGAAGCAGUGAUGAUGAAAUAAUUUCAAAAUUCGAUUUUUUUUUAUUUGGUAGAUUAUUUCAAUGCUGUGGCAAUUUUUUUCAACACAGUGAUAUAUCAAAACAGGCAUUCUUGAAUUAUCGUCCGUCAACUGGCCACCGAUUUAUUUAGGUGUGUGUUGGUAUUGCACCCUCGACGUAAUGCUAGUCACAUCCAUUGAGAAAUUGUCGUUUGACUCGUCUGUCGUCUGUCGUUUAUGUUUGGUUUUCUAAUUUCUAUCGUGGUUUGGUUAUUGAGUUUGCUGUUGGUUCGCAAGUAUUUUGUUUGUGAUUUCAUUAACUGACUAUAAUUCGAUUUGUGCUUUGCUUUCAAAAAACAAUUGAAAUAUGUGGACUGUAGUUAUAUUCGUUGAGGAGAAUUCAAUUGAGACUGUUCCUCUAAAAUGGCUCAUAGGAACUGAAGAAAAUUUGAGCUAUUGGCCAGCAGUGAAGGGUAUAAAGUUAAAUUCUAUGAUUGUCAACUGUGCAGAACCAACAAGAGAUUGGGAAAUUUUCGAAAUAAGGUUUCCUAAUAAUAACAAAAAAACAUAUGAUAAUUUUCUCAAGGCUCGGAUGGCUUGUAGUAGGAUGGCUGAAGAUUCAGAUGUUCUUUCUGAAGGAGAUUCGCUCAAGAGAUCAAGAAAACCAAAAAAAAUUUAUAGCAGUGACGAGGAGGAAGGUUGUUCACAAAGUCGAUUACCACAUCCACCAGCUCUACCUGACAAAUCUUUCGUGCCACCAUUAAAAAGCUCUUGCUCAGGGCUUGAUGUUCAUGUUGAUGAUGAUGUAGACAUUUCAUGUCCAUCAACAACAAGUAGUAUGUGUAGUGUUGAAAUAAUUGAUCAUUUGUCAGAUGUGGACUCAAUCAGUAUGGAUAACAUGGGUAAAGAAAACGCAGAGUCGACUCCAUCAAUAUGUAGAACAGUUAAACAAGUGCAUGGAACACCAAAAAAUGUGAACCACAAACAACUUAAUCAGUCUGAUAACCGCAUACUACGGCAGUUAGUUGUAUUGAAUCACAAAGUUGAUAUGCUAUCCUCAGACAUAACAAAAAUAUUAGAAAAAAUGACCACGGAUAACACAUUAAUACCUGAUGAAGAUGUGGAAAUGGAAAAUUAUUUCCCAAUAAAAACUGAUGAGGAACUCAAUAAUUUUGAACUAUAUUUAUUCAAUGAUAGAAAUCACCAAAAAUUUACUCAGUAUGUCACCAAGUUGGGAGGUUCAACUUUAUCUGAAGCUGUUAGAAGAGCAAUGGAGAGGACAGUUAAAGAUGAACUCAUCCAGCAAUUCAGUUGGAUGGGUCAAAAACAGAAAAACAAAUUUGGUGAUUUAAAAAUUGCCCAAGCAAUGAAAGAUGGAAUCAAGAGGAACGUAAUACUCAAGGAUUCAGUCACUGAAGCAAGUAUCGAGUCGUGCAUGAAGAACUGGAUGCGGCAUGCUAAAGAUAGAUUGCAAAAAAGAGCAAAGAAAGCCACUACCAUUGAUAGGUAA